CCAUCUGUAGUUCCAUAUGUUUUGUAUUGUUGAGUUGAAACGUGUCAAAAAGAAUUAGAAAAUUCCGUACAUACCCCCCACGAGUGAAUUUUCAACGAAACCAAACUAAGUACGGGGACAAACGAGCGAUGGCCACGCAGCAAUGCCGGUCAAGCGCCUUUUGGUGAUGUCAACAAUCAACCUGUCAUAUUCCAGUUCACUUGUAAAAUAUUCACUUUCAUUAUUGGUGUUGAUAUACUUUAUUAGCUAAUAUCUAGUUUAUUAAUUAAUUAGUUAAAUUAAAAAUGACGAGUAAUAGCAGUACUAGAUUAAUAAUAUGUGCACUAGGUAUAUUCGUUUGUUAUUUUUAUUUUGGCAUGCUUCAAGAAAAAAUAACAAGGGGUGUCUACGGUGAUGAGAAGAACAGUGAAAAAUUCACUUACAUGUUUUCACUUGUUUUCUUCCAAUGUGUUGUCAAUUAUGUAUUUUCAAAGUUUUUGCUGCUGACAGUUAUGAAGGAGAAUGAUGACAGUACAAAAACAGUUUAUUACGCUUUUGCAGCUUUGACAUACUUAUUAGGGAUGGUAUCCAGUAAUAUGGCAUUAAGCUAUGUCAGUUAUCCGACACAAGUUGUCGGUAAAUCUGCCAAACCAAUUCCUGUUAUGUUAUUAGGAGUUUUACUCGGUAAAAAGUCAUACUCAAUGAGAAAAUAUUUAUUCACAUUCAUGAUCGUCGCCGGCGUGAUUCUGUUCAUGUUCAAAGACGGUAAAUCAGCACCAGAGAAGCAGAGUGAACAAACUGGGUUUGGCGGUGAAUUACUGAUAUUCUUAUCUUUAAUGAUGGACGGUUUCACGAGCGCAGCACAAGAGCGUAUGCGCGCUGAGCAUAAAUCCUCAUCGGGGCACAUGAUGAUGAACAUGAACUUCUGGUCCAUGGUGUUCAGUGGCACUGUUAUUGCACUGAGUGGAGAAAUGUUUGAAUUUGUUAAGUUUGUUCAAAGACAUCCCAAUUCACUCUUUCAUAUUAUGUCAUUUUCGAUGGCUGGUGCGUUAGGGCAGUUCUUUAUCUUCCGCACGGUAUCGGAAUUCGGUCCACUGCCCUGCUCAAUUAUUACCACCACCAGGAAAUUUUUCACUGUUUUAAGCUCAGUUUUGUUGUUUGGAAAUACUUUAAUUCCCAGACAAUGGUUAGGUACUUUUAUUGUAUUUACUGCGUUAUUUUUAGACGCUCUUUAUAGCAGAAAUAAGAAUGUUAAAAAAGAUGACAGUAAAUAAGAAGAAUUUAAUUUAUUAUAUAAUUAUAGCAAUUUUAAAACUGCAAUUAUUUUUGGUCGUAAAAAUUUUACUUUAAAA